CCCGUGGAACGUCCCCGGGAGCCCAGCCAGAGCGAGCGCCGGGGCCGGGCGCGCAGGAGUGAAAAGGAGGCGGCGGCCGCGGCUGUGAGCAACAGAUCCGGGCGCUGCGAGUAGACUCGCUCUGCUGUUUGGCGAUUCUUUUUUUUUGUUUUUCUUAAUUUCAAAAAAUUUACUCAAUUUGAAAAUCUUACAUUUUUAAAUGGCGCUGGCCCCGAGUCAGCGGGCGGUUUUCUCUGCCUCAAGAUGGGCUUUGCCGUUUCCGUCGUGGGCACCAGUGGUGGCCUGAUUGUCAGUCUUCUCCCGGCGUUUUUAAGGCCAGGAGUCGAGCGCUGCAUGUAGGCGAAUCGCCCUGCAGAGCGGUUUGGCUUUUUAAAAUUAUUGCUGUUAUUAUUUUGGGCAGAGAACAGUCGAUCUCGUGCACGACGUCCUCGCUGCAGAAGAGCCUGCUAGUCGGAGGUGGGUCGCUCCGAGGGUGAAAUCCUCCCGGGGUGAGCAAGCCCCGGCCCCGCGCGCAGUCCAGCGGCCCCGCGUGUGUGUCCUCCCCCUGCCCGCGCCGGGAAAAUGGAGGCUGUGAUUGAGAAGGAAUGCAGCGCGCUCGGAGGCCUCUUCCAGACCAUCAUCAGCGACAUGAAGGGGAGCUAUCCAGUUUGGGAAGAUUUCAUAAACAAGGCAGGAAAGCUGCAGUCCCAGCUUCGGACAACAGUAGUAGCAGCAGCUGCCUUCUUGGAUGCCUUUCAGAAAGUGGCUGACAUGGCCACCAACACACGUGGAGGGACCCGGGAGAUCGGCUCUGCUCUCACCAGGAUGUGCAUGCGCCACCGGAGCAUCGAGGCCAAGCUGAGGCAGUUUUCCAGCGCUUUAAUUGAUUGUCUGAUAAACCCACUUCAAGAACAGAUGGAAGAAUGGAAGAAAGUGGCCAACCAGCUGGAUAAGGACCACGCGAAAGAAUAUAAAAAAGCCCGCCAAGAGAUAAAAAAGAAGUCCUCAGAUACACUGAAACUGCAGAAGAAAGCAAAAAAAGUGGACGCUUUCGGGAGAGGUGACAUCCAGCCUCAGUUGGACAGUGCCCUCCAAGAUGUCAACGAUAAGUAUCUCUUAUUGGAAGAAACAGAGAAGCAGGCCGUCCGUAAGGCGUUGAUUGAAGAACGCGGCCGGUUCUGCACCUUCAUCUCCAUGCUGCGCCCGGUGAUCGAGGAAGAAAUCUCAAUGCUGGGGGAAAUAACCCACCUGCAGACCAUAUCGGAAGAUCUAAAAAGCCUGACCAUGGACCCUCACAAACUUCCCUCUUCAAGUGAACAGGUGAUUCUGGACUUGAAAGGUUCUGAUUACAGCUGGUCCUAUCAGACGCCACCCUCUUCCCCCAGCACCACCAUGUCCAGAAAGUCCAGUGUCUGCAGCAGCCUGAACAGUGUCAACAGCAGUGAUUCCCGGUCUAGCGGCUCCCACUCGCACUCCCCCAGCUCGCAUUACCGCUACCGCAGCUCCAACCUGGCCCAGCAGGCACCCGUAAGGCUGUCCAGCGUGUCCUCCCACGACUCAGGAUUCAUAUCCCAGGACGCCUUCCAGUCCAAGUCACCUUCCCCCAUGCCGCCAGAGGCUCCCAACCAGUUGUCUAACGGGUUUUCUCACUGUAGUUUAUCAAGUGAUUCCCACGUGGGGCCCAUGGGUGCAGGCCUUUUCCCCCACUGCCUGCCUGCCUCCCGCCUGCUCCCUCGGGUCACCUCUGUCCACCUUCCAGACUACGCUCAUUAUUACACCAUUGGGCCCGGCAUGUUCCCGUCAUCUCAGAUCCCUAGCUGGAAGGACUGGGCUAAGCCAGGACCCUACGACCAGCCCCUGGCGAAUACUCUGCAACGCCGCAAAGAGAAGCGAGAACCAGACCCCAGCGGGGGAGGCCCCACUGCCGCGGGCGGGCCGCCCGCCACUGCCGACGAGGCCCAGAGGCCGCGGAGCAUGACCGUGUCCGCCACCAGCAGGCCUGGGGAGGAGAUGGAGGCCUGUGAGGAGCUGGCCCUGGCCCUGUCACGGGGCCUCCAGCUGGACACCCAGAGGAGCAGCCGGGACUCGCUUCAGUGCUCCAGCGGCUACAGCACCCAGACGACUACCCCGUGUUGCUCUGAAGACACCAUCCCCUCCCAAGAAAAAUCAAAAAGCAAAGCUGCUGUGUCGGAUGUGCCUAAUCAAACCCUAUCACCAGUUUCAGAUUACGAUUAUUUCUCCGUGAGCGGUGACCAGGAGGCAGAUCAGCAGGAGUUUGACAAGUCAUCCACCAUUCCCAGGAACAGUGACAUCAGCCAGUCCUACCGGCGGAUGUUCCAAGCCAAGCGCCCCGCCUCUACUGCUGGCCUCCCCACCACCCUCGGACCUGCUAUGGUCACCCCAGGGGUUGCAACCAUCCGCCGGACCCCUUCCACCAAGCCUGUCCGCCGGGGGACCAUUGGAGCUGGCCCCAUUCCCAUCAAGACACCCGUGAUCCCUGUCAAGACCCCAACCGUCCCAGACCUCCCUGGGGUGUUGCCAGCCCCUCCAGAUGGGCCAGAGGAGCGGGCUGAGCACAGCCCUGAGUUGCCAUCUGUGGGUGAGGGCCCCCAAGGUGUCACCAGCAUGCCCUCCUCAAUGUGGAGUGGCCAAGCUUCUGUCAACCCUCCACUCCCAGGCCCGAAGCCCAGCAUCCCUGAGGAGCACAGACAGGCGAUUCCAGAGAGUGAGGCUGAAGACCAGGAAAGGGAUCCCCCAAGUGCCACUGUCUCCCCAGGUCAGAUUCCAGAGGGUGACCCUGCAGACCUGAGCCCGAGAGAUACUCCACAAGGAGAAGACAUGCUGAACGCCAUCCGCAGGGGCGUGAAGCUGAAGAAGACCACGACAAAUGACCGCUCAGCCCCUCGCUUCUCUUAGGCUCUCUUAGUCUCACAAGAAAUGCUGCCAGUGGGGAAUGAACUGUUUAAUUAAUAAAACCUAAUUUGUCUUGAUCCAUUCCAAUCUAUAAUCAAACAAAAGAUUUUGUAGGCAACUCAGAAUACAGCUCUUUUGAAAGUGCUCAACACCUUUAGAUAAGAAUUAAAAAGCAACAUAAGUAACUGACAUAAUCUUGAUCUUUUAAUUUGUAAAUACUGACAGUUUUCUUUCCGCGCAUUUUAAUCUUAGUUUCCCUUUUGAUUUUUCUGAAGGUGCCAAAUUCCAUUUAACUUUUUUACAAGUCUUUGUAAAAUUUUAAAUGCAUAAGGGGGAGGGGGUGGGGGAGGGGAAUCACGAGGUAGUUAAUUUCAGAAAAGAAUUUACUAUACUUCACUCUUCUUUUUUUCCACAAGCUUUUGUAGGUGCAUUGUAGUAGUCUAGCUUAGAAGCAAAUUCAAGUUAUUUUAAUGUACAAACAAAAUGGAUAAGAGGUAAAAUCCUCAAUUAAAUGUACUAUGUUAUGGAGGGGAAAAGCAGGAGUAACAAUUGAUGAGCAAUAUUCAGAGUGAAGUAAGUCUGGAAAUGGUAGACUGUGUUGGGAUUGGGGGGAGGGCCAUGGGAGGGGCACACUGUCAACAUAGCCGAUCCUGUCACAUUUAAGAGUAGCCUUGUAGGUUGAAUUUCUAGUAGCUUCAUGGUAAAUGCAUCCGAAUAAGCCAUACUGGAUUGCAGUGUUUGUUUCUGUAGGGUGUUUAAGGACUUCUUUUCUCCCACAAUUCCUCUUGACUGCACACAGCACCCACCUCCAAUCCCGUGCAUGCUGCUGCCACUGGGUAGACGUAGAACGCCCCACUUUACUUUCUCGUCGAUCGUACUCACUUUCAUUGAAUCCAGAUACAUCCAAAAGGAUAAGGCAGUUUAAAAAAAAUGUGAAAACAUUUUAAAAAUGAUAGCAGGGAAUUCUUAGAAAUAUAGCAAAUGCCUUUUACUUAAUUGUGCCCAGCAGGCUGGGUGCAUUGAAAAGCCCAAAUAUUUUGAAAAUACUCGAGCGGAUUUAACAAGGGUAACCAGCUUGGAGUCUAGCAACUUGCCAAUGUGUUUACCAAUCUGGGGGCUUGUUUUUCUUUUCUUCUUUUAAAUCAAUAGCAGUUAAUUGGCUUCGCACUUAACCUUGAAGAGAGGAGGAUUUGUUUAUUGUCACUGGGAUUCUGACCACUAUAUUGUCCUUUUCUGUAUUUAGGUAAUGUUUUUUGGAAUGGAUUUGUCUUUUCUUUUUUAAGUGGAAGUUAAAAUUUGUUAUAAUUCCCAUCCCUUAAAGCCAACAGAGAUUUGUAGAUUUAAAGGGAUCACGUUUGGAGAAGCCAAUAGUGUUUUAAAAAGAAAGCCAGCCCCUUAGCAGUUUGGUCUGCUGAUAGGGCACAUUUGUGACUGUACUUCUCCAGAAGUGGAGUUUGGUGGGUCCCAAACCCCUGUGGAUUUCUGUUGGCUCUGAUCCUCAAUGACAUACUCUUAUGCUUUAACACAUAACUGCAUUGGAUGUGAGAGUAAUGUACCUGUAUAGUCACUGUUCUGUAUAUUAACAUUUAACACUGCUGAUUGCUCAAGGACAUUUUAUGUUAUGGCUUUAAAGCAAAGGCAUGAUUAUUAGAAACUUUAAGCUUUUUUUCUUUGAAAAACAAGCUCCUUUUUACAAAAUAUAAGCAACAGUAGUGCCUGUGGUUUAGCCCACCAAUCUUGAUGACUAAAAGUAGCUGAUGCAUUGUGCAUAUGAUGCUUGAGAUGGUUUUUGCAAAAGCGGAAACCACUGCAAGGUAAUCACAAUAGAUUCAAGUGGUAUUUUAAACCUUUGGAAUAAAUGGAUGUAACUGUACCUGGGUACAGCUUUUCACUUGUUUAGUUUUUAAACGUUAGUGUAAUCAGAAUAAAUAUCAACUGUUGCCAAAUUCAAUGUAGAAAGAAUGUGACAAGACACCUUGGGUAGUUCCUGUUUGUGUUUUUGCAUAUUGUAAAAGCAGUGUCACAGCUAAAAAAUAAAGAAAUCCUUUCUAAAGGUAAAUUAUUGUGGUUUAGUUGCUAGUUUGUACUGAGAGUUGACCUCUCCCUGUGCAGUUUUUUGUUCUAAACUUGUAUAAAUAACAGUUGUGUAAUGUGUCUCCCUUCUACAUUGUAACAGUUGCUUCAGCCUACGUUAUAAAUAAAGAACCACUAGA